AUGGUGGCAGAAGAAGUAGUGGUCACACUUUCGGGCGGAGCGCCUUGGGGUUUUCGACUGCAGGGCGGCGCGGAGCAAAAGCAACCGCUUCAAGUAUCCAAGGUGAGGAAACGCAGCAAGGCUUGCAGAGCAGGUCUUCGGGAGACUGAUGAACUGGUGGCGAUUAAUGAUGUGCUCUGUAGUGAGCUGUCUCACGCUGAUGCCAUGAACCUGAUCGACAAUGGUAGAGGAACCCUUCAUCUCAGGAUUAAGAGGGCUCCUGUGGGAUUCUCAUCAGUGGUGCUGCUGGACCGAGCCCCGUCCCCUCGCAUUGAUAAAGAAUACAGGGCAGCCAUAAGAGCACUGUCCCCUCCAGUCAACUCCAAAUUGACAUCUGUCCACAAAAGGUCACUCAUGUCACCCACCGGUGGCCCAGAGUGCCUGACCUCCCCUCCAGACAGUGAGGCAUACUAUGGCGAGACAGACAGCGACGCGGACGUCGUGGCUCAGGAAAGGCAUCGUAAACAGAAGCGCCGUAGCCCUGCGGGAUCCCCAGGUAAAGCCAGUAGCCUGAAUUCUUACCACCAGGAUGACGCCUCUGAGAUGAGUGGCUACGAAAGCACGUCUGAAAUAUACGCGGACACCCCGACUCAGUCCUGGACCAUGGCUAACGGGACAGCCAACGGGGUGGGGCUUCUUCAGCAGAAUAGUCUACCCGGAGUGGCACGAAGAGAAGUGGUGUAUCAGCCCAACCACACCGAUUGGUCUCUUCAGGGUGAGAACUUUUCUGAGAUCUCUGACCACAGUCCAUCAGGUGCUGCAGAGGUAGACAGUGGAUUCCAGGAAUUUCCAACAGUGCCGCCUCCACUUGUAUCCCCAGAGAGGGCUAAAGCGGCCCUCAUGAGGGCAUCCCACGUGAAGCUGGUGCCGAUGGUGGGUCCUGUGGAUAACCCCAUCGAUGAAGAGCUGACGGUCACGUACAUGGAUAAAGCCAAGCAAGCCAAACUGCACAGAGGCGAGAGCGUGCAAGACAAGCAGGUGAAGGAGGCUCGGUCCAAGUGCCGCACCAUUGCGUCACUGCUGACCGACGCCCCGAACCCUCACUCGAAAGGUGUGCUUAUGUUUAAAAAGCGCCGACAGCGCGCCAAAAAAUACACACUCACCUGCUUCGGAGGAGUCGACACCGACAGCUGUAGCACCACGGAGGGAGAGACCGAGGACGAGAGCCUUUUUGAGUCGGAAGUGGACGAGGACAGUUUGUCUGCGGCGCCGGACCCAACUUGGGACAGUGGAUACCUGGAUGUUUUGGAGAGGAGGACUUCGGCUUGUGUGCUGUCUGAUGGAGAGGCAAAUUAUAUCCCGGGUCUGAACGCCACCUCUGGGAAAGGGGCACAGCUUUUCGAGCAGCAGAGAAAGAGAACUGAGAAACACACACUGACAUCUGUAAUCCAAGUGCCAACCGCUAUGCCCCAGCAGCCGGAGACCAUCUCAGGCUACGCACCAGUUCCACCAACUACUCCGAUUACCCCUUUUACUUCCCAAAGUACCAACAUAGUGAACGGGGAGCCUGUUGUCGUGAGUAGAACUAGUGUAGUAUUGUCUUCUCCAGGCCAGACUCCUAUGCCCACAAUGCCAGGAACUUUUUCGGAGCAGUCAGACCCUUCCUCUGGAAGCUCGGUUCACAACAGAACUGCCAGGCCUUUUGCCCCUGGCUGUGUAAGCCACAGAGCUGCAACAGCGCCAGUAAACUUCAAACCCAACACUUCCAAAAAGACUUCAAUUCAAACCCAAGCGGUAUCGACGGCGACAGUGCCAGCUUCCUUCCCUGCAAAUACUUCAGACGGGAAGAGAGCUAUCUCCAGCACCUCCCUGUACAUCCCCCCAAGACCAUCCACUGUCAGCGGCCCCAUUAUGGUCUUGUCUCCAACCUCUUCUGUGGCGUCUGCUCCAUAUUCCCCAGUUUCAAAUUCUGUACCCAUCUCAUCACAUGGUGCAGGAAAACCUGCUUAUUUCUCAGCUCCACCUGCUCCUGCUCCUGCUCCACCCUUUAUUCAACCACCAACUAUGGAUUCUCAGAUGUACUCCUUUCCACCAACACAAAACGUGCCCUUUAGCCCACCUCCAGUCUUAUCUAAAGCCCCAUAUCAACCACCACUACCACCUUCAAGGCCAUCACAGUCGUAUGUAUCUACUUACACUCCUAACCCAGCUCCUACCCCCAUAGCCCAAGCUCCUGCACCUCCCGAAGCACCUAGAACGGCCCCGCAAGUAGCACAUAUGCCGCCAUCACCGACUCACAAAGUUUCCUUUAACCCAUAUAUCUCAGUAGCAACUACAUCAUCUGACAACUUAGUGACUCCCGUGGCUCAGCAGUGCCCCCUGUCUGAUUCAAGUGGAAGCAUUUCUUCUCGGGAACAGCGCAUCUCCGUACCCGCUUCACGCACCGGCAUCCUACUGGAGGCUCGGCGCCGUGGCUCGAAGAAGCCCAUGUUCAACAAGCCCGAGGAAAAGAAGCCCGUGUCGUACAACCCUGAGUUGCUGUCUCUAGUGCAGAACCUGGAUGAUAGGUCCCGACCUGGGGCAGAGCUUGGAUUUGAGUCCGGUCCAGAGGAAGAUUUCUUGAACUUGGGUGCUGAGGCUUGCAACUUUAUGCAGGCUAACAGGAACAGAGCACCCCCACCAGUGGCUCCAAAGCCGCCGAAUAGCGGCGUCGAGAUCCCUCAGAUGGGUGGAAAGGGAGCGGAUCUGUUUGCUCGCCGGCAGAGUCGCAUGGAUCGAUAUGUGGUGGACAAAUAUUCAAGGUCUCCUGCUCAGCCACGGGAGCCUUCACCUACACCCUCUCUCCAAGGUCAGUGGAAAUAUUCCCCUAAUGUCCGUGCCCCUCCUCCUAUCAGCUACAACCCACUGCUGUCCCCAUCCUGUCCACCAGUGGUUCAGAGAAGUACUAAGGCCAACGAGGCUCCAAGAAGUGGAAACAGGGCAUCAACUGGACAGCAGAAACAAGGCAUAAAAGCUCUGGACUACUUGAGCAGACAACCAUACCAGCUUAACUCAUCCUUGUUCAGUUAUGGUGGAGGAGUGCCUCAGACUGCCCCCACCUACCAACAGCAUCAGCAACCACAAGUGAAUGGAUUUGGCAUGAAUACCAGCACCUUGAAUCCACCGAAACAGGUUCCUGUCAAAUCGCCACGUGUUUAUGAAAUUAAGCGUUUCUCUACCCCAACUCCGAUGUCAGCUCCCACAGCCCUGACCCCCACCGUGAUCGCACCACGUUCGGCCACCACGCUGGCUGAGCCCAUGUGGCGUUCGGAUCUUGACUCUCCUCCUUUGGUGAACUCUCAACCUGCUGCUCUCUUCUCUCCACCGCCUCCAGCACCUACGGGAGCCCUGCCAGCACUCCCCAAAUUCUACACUGCUCCUGUGCAAAGUGCAGCGCCCAUCCCAGCACCACAUCCUGUGCAAACCCACAUGCCAUUCCAGCCAGCCAAGCAGUUUCAGAGUGCCCCGGAUCUGAGUCCCCUCUCCCCAAGCGGAAUGCGUUCUGUGGUUUCUGGAAGCAGCCAAAACGUGCAAGUGCCAAGGCCGCGCUUCAGUGUAUCCAGCCUAGGGCUGCAACCCAAAGUGUGGAGACCUGGGUGCAUGAACUAGUGUAGAACUGGAAGCAUUAAGUUACGUCGACCACGUCACUCAAACUGUAGCUGAAGGACACGUGGGUUAAUGUUGCAAAUCAACAAGAUGGCACUGAUUGCAUGUACGUGAUUUAUUCAGAAGUUAUAUUUUGACUGCAUAUACACAACGGGUCUGUGGAAAACCUAGUGAGCUGCCUUGCUGCCUACUGCCUACCUGGGCAGCUGCCUAAUUAGAGAGGAUUCUAAUAAGCCAUCGACUUAUAAGGCAGAUUAUUUAGACGCACUACUUAGAUGGCGAUUACGUCACCACAGUUUUCGCUUACUAAGCUAACACAGCUAGCCUUAGGCCAUUCAAACCAACGGGCUGAGAUGGCACAACCGGCUAGCACGCCAGCUUACAUCUCCCUCCGUGUACCGAAAUGGUUAAACUGUCACUGACCUUUAUACAAGUUAAAAACCGAUGAGAAUUUAUUUACAUUUAAAGGAACUCCUUUGGUUGCUCUGCAUUCGUCCAGCAUGUUUGUAAUUUUUUGUGAGAAAAGUUGCGCCGCACUGAAUGCUGGGAUUGCCUUCAGCACUAAGGCGGCAUUAGAUGCUCCCUCAUUAUUCAUUCAGAUUAUCACUUAGAAUUAAGGCACUUUAGUAGGCAGCAUCUAAGAAUGCGAUCUAUGUAGAGAGCUCACUGGGUUUUCGGACAGACCCUAUAUGGUCAAAAGUACAGUAUGUAGACAUCCUAAUCAUUAAACUCACCAUAGUUAUUGUGUUUAGUUGUCACACCCAUUUCUAACAGGUGUAUACAAUCACUUAUUUAAAUUGAAUUGUAUGCUUUCAACUUUGUGGUAGCGGUUUAGGGAAGGACUUUUCCUGUUUCAGCUUGACUGUGUCCCUUUGCACAAAGCAAGGUCCAUCAAGACAUGGUUUAACGAGUUUCUGGUGGACUGCAAAGAGCCCUGAGCUCAAAACCACCUUUGAAUAUCGAUUAUAAGCCAGGUCUUCUUGUCCAGCUCCACACUGGCUGUUUCGGAAUGGCAUCGUCAACAUGACAUUUGGUCAUUUCGUGUAUAUCAGUUCAAACAGUCGUGGCUUUAUUGUUUAGCUUUGUUGUUCACUUUUUAUGGGAUGGAUAAAACAAUGUAUGAUGGGAACUGUAGGACAUUUUCGACUGAUAAUCAAAUGGAAGCUUAUUAUGUCAGCUUGGGCCCCUUUAAAGAGGACCCACCAAUGAAGUUGAUUAAGGUUUUUAAACGGAUAAACAGAUAAAAAGGGAGAAGAAGUAAGAUGAAGAUCAUAGUGGAUGGAGACGUGCAGGACAUCUUACUGAGGGAAGUCAUGGACUGAGAUCUAUAAUGGGUUUGUUUACACGUUAUAAAGUAACGGAAGUAUCUGAAGCAGCGAUGGACAUUGAGGCACAGUGAUGAAUUUGAUAAAUGAAUUGGAAAGAUGCUUGAGGUAUGAAGAUAAGGUAUCAGUGUGACAAGAAACAAGUCUGGUAUCCUCACCAGGAGAGAUGGUACAAACCAUACUGUACAUCUGGAUGUGGAUCACUUUGGCUGCUUGAUGCAUGUGCUCAUUUCUGUUGUUUCUGCCUGGUACCUUGUGCUUCUUUGCAAUGCAUGUGCCAAGUACACAGCAGUGCAUGCCAGACAUACUGUUCCAGGGAGCCAUUUAGCCUCGGAGCCUACACACCCCCUCCCUUGUUCCCAGCCCAAACAGGGAGUUGCUUUGCAGAUCACUCACUUUUUGUGGUUCAUAUCGCAAUGCAUGUGACGUGUCUCCAUGCAGGAAGGUACACCUCCUACUUCCGCUUUUACCUCACCCUACAGUUCUGCACCACCUUAUUUCUCUCUAUUCACCGCCUUCCUUGAGGCUUCUCCCGAUUCAGUGGAUGCAAGCCGGAGCUUGCUGGAGCUUUGCCAUGCUGAGAGCCUCUGGGUAAAUCUGUUAAAGCUUGUUUGAGUUGAAAGUUCACUGCCUGUGCUUUCAUUGUGGCGAUGCUUAAGCAAAAAUAACAAGACAUUUACGCUUUCCAAGCAUUGCUUGUGCACAUGAAAUGCUUUUAUGUGUUAAGGUAUGAAUGCAUAAAAUAUUGGAUGUAUGAGAAAUGAACAGUAUGUGUGUGUGUGUGUGUGUGUGUGUGUGUAUGUGUGUGUGUGUGUAUUAAAUGUAACUUAACAAACCCUUAACCAAAAACAGUAAAACAGUCUGUGGUCUGUACCACUUCUCCUCUGAGAUUCGGUUGUUGUUUGGUUGUUGGAAAUGACGUUAAGCACUGGAACUAUUAACUAUAUGAUGGUAAGAUGGUUAAAAAUCAAAGAGAAAUAGAUAAUCCACAAUAGUGUAUUUUUUGUAAUAUUUUAUCUGCUUUUUUGUUCAAAUGUAUACCAUGUUUUUGCUUUUAUUAACUAAAAUGUUAAAUACCACCAUUUUUUAGAAUGUGGUAUAUUUAUAAUAGCUUAAUAUUAACCUAAACAUCUAAAAACCCAAAACUAUUUUGCAAAUAUCUGGUGUCACUGUGGGAGAAGUCAAACCUCAGGGUGAAAUAAGAAUGAAAGGAUCUUAUGUGCUGAUAAUCCCAUUGGUGGGAGACAACACAAGAGUUAAGUCAAUAUGAUCUUUUGUACAAUAGAACUGACAUGAUCGACUUUCUUGCUAUUAUUAAAUUGUUAUGCUGAUUAUACGCUCUGUAAUGUACAGCACUGUAUUCAAUUAGAAGAAAGUAAAUAAAAGCGUGUUCACUAGUG